UAUGGCCGCCAAUUCUGCAUUUUAAUUUUACGUUUCAGUACUUACUAUUCAUUAUUUACAAAUUUACUUUUUUUCAUUCGUGUAAGUUAGUAGCUUACAUCAUAUAGAAGUGUAGUAAAAACAAAGGCGGGCAGCGAUGUCGCUGCCGCCGUAUUUGCUGGGGCCUAACCCCUGGGCCACUAUGAUGGCCCAGCAACAGCUCGCGGCAGCGCAACAGGCGGCGUUGCAGGCCCAUGCCGCCGCGGCCGCGGCUGCACCGCCGGUGCCGCCCGCGCAGCCACCCAAACCACACCACAUACCGGAAGAGAAGAUCAAAGAGAAGUCCCAAAAAUGGCUGCAACUCCAAUCAAAGCGUUUUGCCGAGAAACGCAAAUUUGGAUUUGUCGACGCACAAAAAGAAGAUAUGCCUCCAGAGCACAUCCGAAAGAUUAUCAGAGACCAUGGCGACAUGACUAGUCGCAAAUAUCGACACGACAAACGCGUCUACCUCGGAGCUUUGAAAUAUAUGCCGCAUGCGGUCAUGAAGCUUCUGGAAAACAUGCCUAUGCCUUGGGAACAGAUCAGAGAUGUCAAAGUACUUUAUCACAUCACUGGUGCCAUUACGUUCGUGAAUGAAAUCCCAUGGGUGAUUGAGCCAGUAUACAUUGCUCAAUGGGGCACAAUGUGGAUCAUGAUGCGUCGAGAGAAGCGCGAUCGUCGGCAUUUCAAACGAAUGCGAUUCCCACCUUUUGAUGAUGAGGAACCUCCUCUAGAUUACGCGGAUAACGUUUUAGACGUUGAACCAUUGGAGCCUAUACAAAUUGAAAUGGAUCCUGAGGAAGAUGCUGCUGUUGCCAAUUGGUUCUAUGAUCACAAACCUUUAUUAGGAACACGUCAUGUCAACGGAUCGACAUAUCGGCUGUGGAACUUGACAUUGCCGCAGAUGGCGACACUUUAUCGUCUAGCGAAUCAACUGCUUACAGACUUGGUGGAUGAUAAUUAUUUCUACCUUUUUGAUUCGAAGAGUUUCUUCACGGCUAAAGCUCUGAACAUGGCAAUACCUGGAGGGCCAAAGUUCGAACCCCUUGUAAAAGACAACUCUGCUGGAGAUGAGGAUUGGAAUGAGUUCAACGACAUCAACAAGAUUAUUAUCCGACAGCCAAUCAGAACAGAAUACAGAAUUGCCUUCCCUUACUUGUACAACAACUUACCUCAUUUCGUGCAGUUGUCUUGGUACCACACCCCAAACGUCGUAUACAUUAAGACGGAAGACCCUGACCUGCCGGCAUUUUACUUCGAUCCCCUUAUCAACCCAAUAUCCCACAGACAUUCUGUCAAGUCCCAAUCUGAUCCAUUGCCAGACGAAGAGGAUUUUGUACUUCCAGAGGAUGUCUCCCCAUUCUUGCAAGAAACCGCUCUAUACACUGACAAUACAGCGAAUGGGAUCGCUCUAUUAUGGGCUCCAAGACCUUUUAAUAUGAGAUCAGGUCGGACCCGCCGCGCCAUCGACGUGCCGCUGGUGAAGACAUGGUACAAAGAGCACUGCCCGCCGGGUCAGCCCGUCAAAGUAAGGGUGUCGUACCAGAAACUCCUCAAGUACUAUGUGCUUAACGCGCUGAAACACCGACCGCCUAAACCACAGAAGAAGAGGUACCUCUUCCGCUCAUUCAAAUCCACGAAGUUCUUUCAAACUACAACCUUGGACUGGGUUGAAGCUGGUCUUCAAGUCUGUCGUCAAGGCUACAACAUGCUGAACCUUCUCAUUCACCGGAAGAACCUCAAUUAUCUGCAUCUGGACUACAACUUCAACUUGAAACCAGUGAAAACUCUCACAACAAAAGAGAGAAAGAAAUCUCGAUUUGGAAAUGCCUUCCACUUGUGUCGUGAGAUACUUCGCCUCACAAAGCUGAUCGUGGACUCCCACGUUCAGUACCGACUCAACAACGUGGACUCGUUCCAACUUGCGGACGGGCUGCAGUACAUCUUCGCCCACGUGGGUCAACUUACCGGCAUGUACCGAUACAAAUACAAGCUGAUGCGACAAAUCCGUAUGUGCAAAGAUUUGAAGCAUCUCAUUUACUACCGGUUCAAUACGGGUCCAGUAUCGAAAGGCCCCGGGUGCGGUUUCUGGGCGCCGGGCUGGCGCGUGUGGCUGUUCUUCAUGCGCGGCAUCACGCCGCUGCUUGAGCGCUGGCUCGGGAACCUGCUCUCGCGCCAGUUCGAAGGACGACACUCGAAAGGUGUAGCAAAGACGGUGACGAAGCAACGCGUGGAAUCCCACUUCGAUCUCGAGUUGCGUGCGUCCGUCAUGCACGACAUCGUCGAUAUGAUGCCGGAGGGUAUCAAGCAGAACAAGGCAAGGACCAUCCUGCAGCAUCUCUCAGAGGCUUGGCGGUGCUGGAAGGCAAAUAUUCCUUGGAAGGUGCCAGGUCUACCAACUCCGAUCGAAAACAUGAUCCUCCGGUACGUGAAGAUGAAGGCAGACUGGUGGACCAACACGGCGCAUUACAACCGCGAGCGAAUAAGGAGGGGCGCAACAGUCGACAAGACUGUCUGCAAGAAGAACCUGGGUCGCCUAACGAGGCUCUAUCUCAAAGCAGAGCAGGAACGACAGCAUAACUAUUUGAAGGACGGUCCCUACAUCUCCCCUGAAGAAGCAGUGGCGAUAUACACAACUACUGUGCAUUGGCUGGAAUCCCGCCGCUUCGCGCCUAUACCUUUCCCGCCACUGUCAUACAAACACGAUACAAAACUCUUGAUCCUCGCAUUGGAACGAUUGAAGGAGGCCUACAGCGUCAAAUCCAGAUUGAAUCAGAGCCAGAGGGAGGAGCUGGGAUUGAUUGAACAGGCUUACGACAAUCCACACGAAGCAUUAUCCAGGAUUAAACGUCAUUUGCUUACACAGAGGACUUUCAGAGAAGUGGGUAUAGAGUUCAUGGAUUUAUACUCCCACCUGGUUCCUGUGUAUGACGUGGAACCGUUGGAGAAAAUCACUGACGCGUAUCUGGACCAAUACCUGUGGUAUGAAGCUGACAAAAGACGUUUACUGCCGCCGUGGGUGAAGCCUGCAGACACCGAACCUUCACCGUUGCUCGUUUAUAAGUGGUGCCAAGGCAUCAACAACCUGCAAGACGUAUGGGAAGUCGGUGAGGGCGAAUGCAAUGUACUGCUGGAGUCGCGAUUCGAAAAGCUGUACGAGAAGAUCGAUCUGACGUUACUCAAUAGACUGCUGCGACUCAUUGUCGACCAUAACAUCGCCGAUUACAUGACGGCUAAAAACAACGUCGUUAUCAACUACAAGGACAUGAACCAUACAAACUCGUACGGCAUCAUUCGAGGCCUGCAAUUCGCUUCGUUCAUCGUUCAAUACUAUGGACUGGUGUUGGAUCUUCUGGUCCUAGGUUUGCAACGAGCCAGCGAAAUGGCCGGCCCACCUCAGCUGCCCAACGAUUUCCUGUCCUACCAGGAUAGACAGACCGAAACCGCCCAUCCUAUUCGCCUGUACUGCAGAUAUAUCGAUAGGAUUCAUAUAUUCUUCAAGUUCACGGCGGAAGAAGCUCGAGAGUUGAUCCAGCGGUAUCUGACCGAACACCCAGAUCCAAACAACGAGAACAUCGUCGGGUACAACAACAAGAAGUGCUGGCCACGAGACGCGCGCAUGCGACUCAUGAAGCAUGACGUCAAUCUGGGCCGCGCUGUAUUCUGGGACAUAAAGAACCGGCUGCCUCGCUCGGUGACUACUAUCCAAUGGGAGAACAGCUUCGUCUCUGUUUACUCCAAGGACAACCCCAACCUGCUCUUCAAUAUGGCAGGUUUUGAAUGCAGGAUAUUGCCUAAGUGCCGAAGCCAACACGAGGAACUGUCCCAUCGUGAUGGGGUAUGGAACCUGCAGAACGAAGUGACGAAAGAACGCACAGCGCAGUGCUACUUACGCGUCGACGACGAGUCUCUUGCUCGCUUCCACAACCGUGUCAGACAGAUCCUCAUGGCCUCUGGAUCCACGACAUUCACCAAGAUUGUUAACAAGUGGAAUACGGCUUUGAUUGGCUUAAUGACUUACUUCAGAGAAGCAGUAGUCAACACUCAAGAGCUUCUAGAUCUGUUGGUGAAAUGCGAGAACAAGAUUCAAACUCGUAUUAAGAUCGGUCUGAAUUCGAAAAUGCCUUCCCGUUUCCCACCCGUGGUGUUCUACACGCCGAAAGAACUUGGUGGACUUGGCAUGCUUUCUAUGGGCCAUGUACUGAUUCCACAGUCGGAUCUUCGAUGGUCGAAGCAAACGGACGUCGGUAUCACUCACUUCCGCUCGGGUAUGUCCCAUGAUGAGGAUCAGCUGAUCCCUAACUUGUACCGCUACAUCCAGCCGUGGGAAGCCGAAUUCGUCGACUCCCAGCGGGUAUGGGCUGAGUACGCGCUUAAACGGCAGGAAGCCAAUGCUCAGAACAGGCGCCUGACUUUGGAAGACUUGGAAGAUUCAUGGGAUAGAGGCAUUCCCAGGAUUAAUACGCUGUUCCAAAAAGAUAGACACACACUCGCAUAUGACAAGGGAUGGCGUAUUCGUACUGAAUUCAAACAGUAUCAGGUGCUGAAACAGAACCCGUUCUGGUGGACCCACCAACGCCACGACGGCAAGCUGUGGAACUUGAACAACUAUCGUACAGAUAUGAUACAAGCGCUCGGUGGAGUUGAGGGUAUUCUCGAGCAUACACUUUUCAAGGGCACUUACUUCCCCACUUGGGAAGGUCUCUUCUGGGAGAAAGCCUCCGGUUUCGAAGAGUCGAUGAAGUACAAAAAGCUGACGAACGCGCAGCGAUCCGGUUUGAACCAGAUCCCAAACCGUCGUUUUACUUUGUGGUGGUCACCCACUAUCAACAGGGCUAACGUCUACGUCGGUUUCCAGGUGCAACUGGAUCUGACAGGCAUCUUCAUGCACGGCAAGAUUCCCACGCUGAAAAUCUCGCUCAUUCAAAUCUUCAGGGCUCACUUGUGGCAGAAAGUCCACGAAUCCAUUGUCAUGGACUUGUGUCAGGUAUUCGAUCAAGAACUGGACGCUCUAGAGAUAGAGACAGUGCAAAAGGAGACUAUACAUCCUCGAAAGUCGUAUAAGAUGAACUCCUCGUGCGCAGACAUUCUGCUCUUCUCCGCUUACAAGUGGAACGUAUCCAGGCCUUCGCUGCUCGCUGACACCAAAGACACAAUGGACAACACAACCACGCAGAAGUACUGGCUUGACAUUCAAUUACGUUGGGGCGACUACGACUCCCACGACAUCGAGCGCUACGCCCGCGCCAAGUUCCUCGACUACACCACUGACAACAUGUCCAUAUACCCCUCACCUACUGGAUUGCUUAUUGCCAUCGAUCUAGCGUACAAUUUGCACAGCGCAUACGGCAACUGGUUCCCGGGCUGCAAGCCAUUGAUCCAGCAGGCCAUGGCAAAAAUCAUGAAGGCCAACCCCGCGUUGUACGUGCUGCGCGAGCGCAUCCGCAAAGCGCUGCAGCUUUACUCCAGCGAACCCACAGAACCCUACCUCAGCAGCCAGAACUACGGCGAGCUAUUCUCCAAUCAGAUUAUCUGGUUCGUGGACGACACAAACGUGUACCGCGUGACCAUCCACAAGACUUUCGAGGGCAACUUGACGACGAAGCCGAUCAACGGCGCCAUCUUCAUCUUCAACCCACGCACGGGACAACUGUUCCUCAAGAUCAUCCACACCAGCGUGUGGGCCGGUCAAAAGCGUCUAGGACAGCUCGCGAAAUGGAAGACUGCAGAAGAAGUGGCUGCAUUGAUUCGGUCACUGCCCGUUGAAGAACAGCCCAAGCAGAUCAUUGUCACUAGAAAGGGAAUGUUGGACCCGCUUGAGGUGCACUUGUUGGACUUCCCGAACAUCGUGAUCAAAGGCUCGGAACUGCAGUUACCAUUCCAGGCGUGCCUCAAGGUGGAGAAGUUCGGCGACCUCAUUCUGAAAGCAACAGAACCCCAAAUGGUGUUAUUCAACUUGUACGAUGAUUGGUUGAAGACUAUCUCGUCUUACACUGCGUUCAGUCGUCUCAUCCUUAUUCUGCGUGCGCUCCACGUAAAUACAGAGCGGACCAAGGUUCUUCUCAAGCCUGACAAAACAACAUUGACUGAACCGCAUCACAUCUGGCCUACUCUGUCCGAUGACGACUGGAUCAAAGUGGAAGUUCAAUUGAAAGACUUGAUACUUGCUGAUUACGGCAAGAAGAACAAUGUAAACGUAGCGUCACUGACCCAAUCGGAAAUCCGAGACAUUAUUCUGGGUAUGGAGAUCUCGGCGCCAUCAGCACAACGUCAACAAAUCGCAGAGAUCGAGAAGCAAAGCAAGGAACAAAGUCAACUCACUGCCACAACCACCCGAACGGUUAACAAACACGGAGAUGAGAUUAUCACUUCCACUACCAGUAACUACGAGUCUCAGACGUUCAGUUCAAAGACGGAAUGGCGCGUAAGAGCUAUCUCCGCGACGAAUCUACACUUGCGAACUAACCACAUUUACGUGAGCUCUGAUGAUAUCAAGGAGAGUGGUUACACUUACAUCCUGCCAAAGAAUUUGCUCAAGAAAUUCGUGACAAUAUCGGAUCUUCGGUCGCAGAUCGCGUGCUACUUAUACGGCACGUCGCCCGCGGACAACCCGAUGGUCCGCGAGGUACACUGUGCGGUUCUACCGCCGCAGUGGGGCACGCACCAGCAGGUGCACCUGCCACGGCAGCUGCCUAAGCACCCCGCGCUCGCGCACCUACAGCCACUCGGCUGGAUGCACACGCAGCCUAACGAGCUGCCGCAGCUCUCGCCGCAGGAUAUUACAACACACGCAAAAGUCAUGGCCGAGAAUCCAACCUGGGACGGCGAGAAGACAAUCAUCAUUACGUGCUCAUUCACACCAGGGUCAUGCUCCCUCACCGCGUACAAACUUACACCUAGCGGCUACGAAUGGGGUUCGCGUAAUACGGACCGUGGAAAUAACCCUAAAGGCUAUUUGCCCAGUCAUUAUGAAAGAGUGCAAAUGUUACUAUCUGAUCGUUUCCUGGGAUACUUCAUGGUUCCAUCACAGGGCAGUUGGAAUUACAACUUUAUGGGUGUACGCCACGAUCCGAACAUGAAGUAUGGCGUACAAUUGGGCAAUCCACGCGAAUUUUACCAUGAAGUUCAUCGACCGGCGCAUUUCAUGAAUUUUGCAGCCAUGGAGGACGCCACAGCGCCGACUUUGGCCGCCGACAGAGAAGACUUCUUUGCUUAAAGCUGUGCUAGUAGAUAAGGUGAAUAUAAUAUUUUA